AUGGCCGUCGCCUUCCUUAUUGUCGCCAUAGCACCGAGAUUGAAAUACGUUUCACCGAUGAUCCAGCGAUUACGCGGGAGCGAAUCAGACUUAAGCCGACAUCGUCAGCUUUUCAAAUACCCCGGCAGGCCCCUAUUUCAUUCGUUCCAUGACCGUCAACCUUAUCGUGCGAUAAAUCCUGAGUUGGAACUCAAUCAUGAAACCUGGAGCGACUAUCUUCACGAUGCGUUGGAUACAGACGGAGACAAUUCUACUAAUAAUACCCGUGUGAAAGUUAUAAUAUUGGCUAAAAUGAGAACCGGUUCAUCUUUCUUGGGCGAGUUGUUCAACCAUCAUCCAGAUUUCUUUUAUUUAUUUGAGCCGUUCCUAGUUGUCAACCAAAUGGUCCGCAGCGGAGUUUUGCAAAAACGGAAGUUCACAUCCGAGAUGAUCCGACUUCUUGGCAGACUUUUGAACUGCGACACGUCUGAUUAUUUUGUACAGUAUCUGAAUCGAGAGAAAUGGAUGGGACUACAACAAUCGAACUCAAUUAGCCCUGGUUUUACUCGCAAAACUUUCAGAGAACUAUGCAACAACCAGCGGCAUUUUUCACUAAAAACUAUCCGUGUCGAGAAUAUACGAGACAUGUGGCAGUACGUUAGAAACGCUUCACAAAAUAUCAAAAUUUUGCAUUUGGUAAGAGACCCACGCGGAAUGGUACAUUCACGUCUGAAGUUGAAAUACUUGACCAAUAAGCGAAUCUACGGGAUGGGCGGGGUGAUGAUGGACCCACAGCUUAUACACACUACCCGAGAUACGUGCCAGUGGAUGGCAAGGAACGCCCAAGAAGGUUUCAACGGCCCUUUUUGGGUGCGUAACAACUACAAAUUAGUCAGGUAUGAAGACCUCGCCGAAAAACCGUUUAAAACCGCGAAAGAGAUAUUUAAUUUCAUGAAUAUUCCUAUACAUCCAAAUGUUUAUGAAUGGAUUGGGAAAAAUACCGGAGAAGAGCCCCAGACUAAGGACAAGCAUAAAUACCCGUACCAGACAAAGAGGAACUCGAAAGCGACCUCACAGGCUUGGCGGUCUAAGCUUACUGCAUAUGCUAUAAAUGCGAUAGAGAAUGCAUGUGGCCAACGAAUUAUGUCCAUGUUCGGAUAUAAAAUUUUGAAAGAUUCGAAAAACUUGGGAAACAAGAGUUUUACUUUCGUGUCUCCAAGCGUACCAGUCUUGCCAGAUUACGCGUCGUUAUUGGACGUCAGUCGCGCCGAUCAGCUAUAA